AUGGUCGUCGUAACGUACCCCAAAGAAUGCGAAGUCGUCCAGCCCGCCCCGCCGCGCGGCCGGGCCGCGACACCGCUCUUCCUCCUCCACGACGGCGGCGGCACCACCUUCGCCUACCACUGCCUCUCCCCGCUCGACCGCGCCGUCUUCGGCAUCGCGAACCCGCGCUUCACCUCCGGCACGGAGUGGCCCGGCGGCGUGCCCGAGAUGGCGCGCGCGUACCUGCGCAUGAUCCGCAACACCGUCGCGGGGGCGGAGUACCCGCCCAUGGCGCCGUGCACGCUGACGAAAGACGGGCGGCGGCGGUGGAAGAUCCUGCUGGGCGGGUGGAGCCUGGGCGGGCUUUUGUCGUUGGAGAUUGCGCGGUUGCUGGUCACGGGGAAGAACGAGGGCGGCGUGGACGAGGGCGCGGGAGACGGCGGGGACGAGGUCGAGAUUGUGGGGCUGGUGAUGAUUGACAGCGUGUACCCCGUCUGGCCGGUGGGGUCGGAGGUGAAGAUUGGGACGUGGAUCGAGACGGAGGUGCCGGAGCACAAGAACCUGAAGCUGGCGCGGCAGUCGAUGAAGCUGGCGGGCGGGAUGGUGAAGGUGUGGAAGAUGCCGCGGUGCGGGGCGGCGUUCCGCAACGGGGUGGACUACGAGGUGAGCGAGGAAGGGAAGGAUGUGGAGAAGUCGUUUUACGGGAGCAGGGCGGAGAAGGAGACGGACGAGGUCGUGUGGGAUCGGCCGCCGAGGGGCGUGCUUGUGCGGGCGUCGGAUUGUGUGCCGAUGACUGGAGAGGGGAUCAGUCCUGUGGAUAUGUAUCGCGGGGAUGCGAAGCUGGGGUGGGAUGGGUAUUGUCCUGGGUAUGUUGAGAAGACGUUUGUGACGAAGGGGAACCAUUUUGAUAUGUUUGCGUGGGGGUAUGUUGAUGAGAUUACGGAGAGGGUGGCGGAGGCUUGUCGGUACUUGGAGGGAUGA